AUGGCAGCAGUUCGAGACUCUGGACAUGAGAUUGGUCUUCAUGGCUACACGCAUGAAAAUCCCGCCGAGAUGACCAUCCCGCAACAGCGCGACGUUCUCGACAAGACUUUUCGAUUGCUGACAGAUUAUAUUGAUUACACUAAAAAGGCGGAAGAAUGGAUGAAGCCUCUAGUCCAGGGCAAGCAGACUGGACUCGUCGAAAUACCCGGGAAUUUGUAUAUAAAUGACCUACCGCCAAUGAUGUUCAUAAAAUCGGCCACAAAUAGCCAUGGAUUUGUCAAUGCCUGUGGUGUGGAAGAUAUUUGGAGAGACCAUUUUGAUUACUUCUAUCGGGAAUAUGACGAAUUUGUCUUUCCUAUCUCAAUUCACCCUGAUGCGCCGGGUAGACCUCAUGUGCUGCUUAUGCACGAGCGACUGAUCGAAUACUUCAAAAGCCACGAGAGCGUUGAAUUGGUCACAAUGGAAAAUGUGUGCGACGAUUUCAAAAAGCGGAACCCUUUUCCCGAAGGCUGUGUGUUUCCUGCAAAGCCUGGUGCGAUUCUCAAAGACACUUAA